GUCAGCUGGGGAGGGCACCUGUCAAUCACACUGCGCCUUUAUAACCGCGCGCAGCCCGCAGCCUCCGUCAAGAAAACGCCCGGGUCCGAGGGAGUAUAAACCGCGUGUGACAGACAGUUAUUUACAGUCUGACUUCUUUCUGCGGAAAUGGACAAACUUCAGGACGGGAACGUCAGCGCGCCUAACGGCACCUUGAACAGACGCUCGUUUCUGGAGAAAGGCGCAUAUCAGCACCUGCAGCAGGGAGAGCUGAAGGUGCUGGUGCCGGUAGCGCUGGGCGUCAUCUCCGUGCUGGGCUUCAUUGCCAACGCCACCGCAGUGGGAGUGCUGGUGGGCAACGCGCGCAAAAGCAAGCUCUCCCUGAUCAACGCGCUCAUUCUCAACCUCCUGGUGGCUGACGGGCUGCUGCUGGCUUUCGCCGUCCCGUUUAAAGCCACGGCGUACUCCCGAGAAGGCUGGACUCUGGGCUUAGUCGUGUGCAAAACGUGCGACUGGCUCGUGCACUCCUGCAUGGCGGCGAAGAGCCUUACGGUGGCCAUCAUGGCCAAGGCAUGCUACAGGUACGUGAGCAACCCGACCAAGCAAGUCACGAUCCGCCUCAAGACCAUCGUGGUGGUGCUGCUCUUCACGUGGCUCUUGGCUUGCGUCCUCCCGCUGCCCCACUGGCUCUUCACGUCGCUGCAGAAGGAAGACGGAGGACAGCUGUGCGUGCUCGAGGUGCCACCAGAAGCCCGCGAGUUUAUGUCCUUUUACGUGAAGGCGUACCCUCUGGUGGCCUUUUGCGCACCGCUUAGCUUCGCGCUGCUUUACUUCUGGCGCGCGUACGGCCGAUGCCAGCGCCGCUGCAGCAAGACGCAGAACCUGCGAGCACAGAUCCGGUCGCGCAAGCUCACCCUGAUGCUGUUCGGCCUGACCGUGGCCAUGGCCACCAUGUGGCUCCCGCACUGGGUGGCGUGGGUGUGGAUGAGGCACGCAGCAGACAGCGACGGUCCCGUGCCGCCUGUGCUCUUCACCGUGGCCGCACAGUUCGUCAUGUUUGCCAUCUCGCUAGCCAACCCGCUCAUAGUGCUCGCGCUGUCCGAGGAGUUCCGCGAGGGCUACAAGGGGCUGUGGCGGCGUCUCACGCUGCGCAAACACGCGCCCAAGCAGCAACCUAAACCCGGGCCGCACGCGCCCACUGCGCCCAGGUCACCCACCCCGCGACCCGAGGCUUCCGCCCACCUUCCCCCGAGGAAUACCGACGAGUCCCGAGCCGACAAACAGCAGCAGCAGCAGCAGGAGGAGGAGGAAAGCUCCGGUAACGGCAAUAAAGAUGGCGUGGUGCCGCCCGAUGUGGAGCAGUUCUGGAACGAGCGCGAGGGUGGCUCCAUGUCUCAUGAGAACGACCCCGUACCCUGGGAGCAUCAGGACCCCAAAGAGGGCAAGCAGUAGCCUAAGACACUAUACCUGAGAAGCAACACACACACACACACACACACCCCAACUCUGACACUCGCAACAGGAAGCUCAGCAGCUACAACCAAGUGACCUCACGGGAACUCGACCUACAGGCCAAAUCCCAGAAUUGGACACUAUACAGGGUGAAGUCAAUAUUUCAUAGCAUAUACAGUGCAUUUAUGCACACUCUAAAAGGUCAGGGUACCACCAGCAAACUUUAAGGCUUCUUACUGAGAUUAGAGUUCCUUUCAUGUUUCAAACAGGGUUCCACCAGUGAGACAUGAAGAUCCCCCAGAAGACAAUCCUAGCAGUACCAUUUGUGGACUAUAUUUAUUAAACUCACAUUGUUAUUUAUCAUAAAAUAACUUGAGAAUGGUUUGGUUUGUUGGCUAAGUGCUCCUGUAGAGAAAUGUUUCAUGUGGUAUAUUUUGUGAUCCAGAUAUACACACUUUAUGUAGAGAAAUUAUGCUCUACAUUUACAUGUUUUAUGUCUUUUUGCCUGAUGUUAUGAAGCUGUAAAUAGCACAUUUCUGGAUUGGAUUGUUAAAUUAGCAAAUUCCUUGUACAACUCUCCAAAUAGUGUGAAUUUAUCUCCACAAAUAGAGCUAUUACACCUGUAAAAUAUGAGAGGAAAUGUUUUAGAAAUGUAUUUGCGCAAA